UUGUACAAAUACAACUCCGGUGACUGGAAACUAUUUCGUGUGUUUUGGAAUUACUAUCAGACCUCAUCUGACACUGUUGGUGGUGAUCAACUGCCCCCAAAAUUAUUAGUCAAUGCAGCAUAGCUGGAGAAUGAGUUAAAUUAUAAUCUGAUACCAGUUUAUUCAUUUUCAUGCAUUUCAAAUCUGAUAUUCACUGAUAUCUAACAUCUGCGCUUGACCCUCAGUACAAGCGCUUUGUUGAGCUCUUGGUCGUAAAGUUGGAUUCUUCUCGAAGGCAAACCGCUGAAAAGAGCAAAACCCCCAAAAUGAAACAUAAUCCCAUAUUUUGUUUUAUAUGCCAGCACGUGGAUCGUAUCGGUUGCAUGAUAUGUAGGUCUGAUGCAUUUUUAUUCCCUCAUGGCUGGAAAUGGGAUCCGCUGCAGUUAUUAUUUGAUAUCCAUUACAAAGGGUUCAUUCAUUUCUCUGGCGAUGUGGAAAGGCUGAUUUUUGACCUAACAUGACUGUUAGGCUUAAUGAAACAACCUUGACACUUGUUCUAAUGUAUAUAGAUAUAAAAGGCCGCCUCUUUGCAAAGAAUAUGAUUCUAUUUGUGUGAUUAUGCUCAUCAUCAAAGUAGUUGUUGAAAGACUAUAUUCAUUUCUUCCACUAAAGGUCAGCCUGAUGACCCAUCAGCACUGGGGUAAAUAAAGAGGUGGACGAACUCCAGAUCACUAUUACUAUCUGUAUGGUCAUUUAUUUAUUAUCUGGAGUGGUUUCAUCUAAAGAUCCUACAUCAGUUUGAUACUAAAUAAACAGGCUAUGAAUUUAGAAGAAUAUUUAUGUUAACCUGCAAAAGAAGUGAAGCCCGCGCACAUAAAAGGACGGGUAAAAAUUGGGUUCAGGUAGCUUUAUAUCCACCAUCAGGCCCCUGAAAGCAACUUGAAUGGCCUGCCAUAAGCUAAUAAGGGCCCUGAUGCCUUCUUAUACCGUGCAUCCUGUGAGGCUCCCAGGAAUUCCGCUUUGAUUGCUGCACAUCCUCCCAGUUGCUCCAGUAACUUGGCCAUAAAACGCGGAUUCGUCUGGAGCAUUUGGAGUGUAGUGCAAUAAAGCGUCUGAGACCAAGGUUAUUAACUGUGACUAAGGGGCUGAAAAACAACGGCUGGGAGCAUUGAAAGCUCGUGUCCACGGACCUUUCCGGCGUCAUUUGUUUCAGCGUCUUACCGCGGUAGGAAUAUUCUGCUUGUGUGUUGUGUUGCAGUGCAGGCCUGCUGUCUUCGCCCACUGGGUGGCGCUCCUCAGAUCAAUGUCAUUGCCGUGAAUUGAGAUAUGAAAGAAGUUUGACUCAACGCUCAGCUGCUUUAAAAUAUGUCACCACCUCAGGAUUUCAUUGUUAAGUUUUCUCUUUGCCUAAAACAAAAUAUAUGACACAGUGGAGCUGCCUGGCCGGACUGGGAGGAGUCUGUAGUCGCCUGGUGUUUUAAUUGGCUGCAGGCUACAGUGAGAAGCGUGAGUAUCAGUAAUUAUUCAGCAAUGUUUUGCACAAGAAAUGUCAGCCAGAAAGGGCUAUCUUCAUCCUCCGUCAAAUUAUACCACAACGAUGACAUGCCCCAACAACCAGGCUGGAAAUUCGUUUUUCGUGGACUCCUUAAUCAACGUGAGAACCGACAGUGGUUCUUAUUACCAAAGUAACGGGGUGUAUUUGCCACCGGCGUCGGAAUAUUCAUAUGGACUCUCCGGUGGCUCUUGUUUCCCGGGGAUCGGUAAGCGCAACGAGCCAAGCACCCAAAGCGUGAUCCCUUCUUCUGCUCCGUAUGUUCAAGGGAUGGAAACGUGGCUGGAAACGUCGAGAUCCUGCCGGGUGGAUCAGCCCAGCGGCCAGCAUAUGGCUCAGUGUUCAUUCUCACCGAGUAUAAAAGAGGAGAGCGCAUAUUGCCUUUAUGAGUCUGACAAAUGUCCUAAAGGAGCAACAGUAGAUGACAUUUCCUACUCGACUGCAUCAUGCCCGGUUACCGGCAGCACCUUGCCAGUCCCCGGCUACUUCCGCCUGUCUCAGACGUACACGUCCUCCAGGCUUUACCACGAUGUCCAGCCAAACAUGAAUCACUUUACUCUGCAACGACCUGCCCGCUUGGACAGCCAGCCCUCCCAGCCCCAGGCUGCCUCUGCUGAGCCGGAUCGGAGGGAGAACCACGAGGAGGCGCCUGUCCCUGCGCCGUGCGCCCCGGCCAGAGAGGAGGACAGCCGCCUCUCCUCGGAAAGCUCAUCCUCCCCUGAGCCCGCUGAGACGUGCAGUGCGGAAUGUCCAGAAAAGCCCGUCAAAGGAGAUGGAAAAAUGGAAAGUACGGCAAACUGGCUCACAGCUAAGAGUGGCCGAAAGAAGCGCUGCCCCUACACCAAGCACCAGACUCUGGAGCUGGAGAAGGAGUUUCUCUUCAACAUGUACUUGACUAGAGAGCGUCGUCUGGAGAUCAGCCGCAGUGUGCACCUCACUGACAGGCAAGUCAAAAUCUGGUUCCAAAAUAGGAGGAUGAAACUGAAAAAAAUGAGCCGGGAGAAUCGGAUCCGAGAGCUCUCCAGCAACUUCAGUUUCUCAUGAGACUGUCUGCGUCUUUGGCGCCCUCCUCCAGCCAUGACAAGGGCGCCUGUGCAGAGCCCCCCACCCAACUGUGAGAAUGUCCAUGGAAAAUAGGACCCUACUGCUAACUUAUUGAUUGUUGUUCUUUCUUAUUUUCACGUCUGUUUUAUUUUAGUCGUGGAUAUGUAUUUAUAAAUGGCUACAUUUGUAACGUUGAUCAAUGCAUUGUGUCGAAAAUGUUCAGAACCACAAUGUUUCAGAGGCUUGUACAUAUUGUAUAUUAUACCUGAGUGAACCAUUGGAAUUUGCAUGCUCGACCAACCCUUGGGAUACUUGUGUUACUGUUACACAGUUACAGUUAUGUGACAGCUAAAGAACCCAAGAGGCCUGAUGAAUAUUUGCACAUUUUGCUGGUCAAAUUAAUAAAACCAUCCCUGCAA